GUGGUGGGCACUGUGGGAACCAGUCAGAAGACCUAGGAUGGCCCUGAGGUCCCCCACCCAGGCUCGCCUGCUGCUCGUGGGGCUGCUAACCACAGGCCUGGCCCAGUCUCCAACUCCAGCCUCAGUCCCUCGGGGCUUCUGGGCUUUGUCUGAAAACCUGACAGCUGUGGAGGGAGCCACAGUGGAGCUGCGGUGUGGGGUCAGAGCCCCUGGCAGUGUGGUACAGUGGGCCAAGGACGGGCUGCUUCUAGGCCCUGACCCUCGGAUUCCAGGCUUCCCAAGGUACCGCAUGGAAGGAGAUCCUGCCAGAGGUGAAUUCCACCUCCACAUUGAAGCAUGUGACCUCAGUGAUGACGCCGAGUAUGAGUGCCAAGUUGGCCGUUCGGAGUUGGGCCCUGAGCUCGUAUCUCCCAGAGUGAUCCUCUCCAUCCUGGUUCCCCCAAAGACACUACAGCUGACUCCUGACGCGGGAGGUACAGUCACCUGGAUAGCUGGGCAAGAGUAUGUGGUCACCUGUGUGUCUGGGGAUGCAAAGCCAGCACCUGAUAUCACCUUUCUCCAGAGUGGACAUACAAUAUCCCAUGUCUCUGCUAACGUGAAUGAAGGGUCCCAGGAGAAACUCUUCACCACAGAAGCCACUGUCAGGGUGACACCCCAGAGCUCUGACAAUGGGCAGUUACUAGUCUGUGAAGGGUCCAGCCCAGCUUUGGACACCUCCAUCAAAGCUUCAGUCGCCAUGAAUGUCCUGUUUCCCCCAGGACCCCCUGUCAUCGAAUGGCCAGGCCUGGAUGAGGGCCAUGUGAAGGCAGGACAGAACUUGGAGCUGCCAUGCGUGGCCCAAGGGGGAAACCCACCAGCCACACUGCAGUGGCUGAAGAAUGGCCAGCCUGUGUCCACAGCAUGGGGCACGGAACAUGCCCAGAUGGUGGCCCGAAGUGUGCUGGUGAUGAUUGUGCAGCCGGAAGACCAAGGGGCUCAGCUCAGCUGUGAAGCCUACAACAGUGUAUCCACAGGGACCCAGACACGAAGCAUCACACUGCAGGUCACCUUUCCCCCCAGUGCCAUUAGGAUCCUGGGAUCUGCAUCACAGUCUGAGAACAAGAAUGUGACACUCUGUUGCAUCACCAAGUCCAGUCGCCCUCCGGUCCUGCUGCGAUGGUGGCUGGGCGGGAGGCAGCUGUUGCCCACAGAGGAGACGGUCAUGGAUGGCCUGCAUGGUGGUCACAUCUCCAUGUCCAAUUUGACCUUCCUGGUGCGGCGGGAAGACAAUGGCCUGACCCUCACCUGUGAGGCCUUCAGUGACGCCUUCAGCAAAGAGACCUUCAAGAAAUCGCUAACCUUGAAUGUGAAAUAUCCUGCCCAGAAGCUGUGGAUCGAGGGACCCCCAGAGGGGCAGCACCUCCGGACUGGGACCCGGGUGAGGCUGAUGUGUUUGGCCAUCGGGGGCAACCCAGACCCCUCCCUUACCUGGUACAAGGACUCGCGUAUCGUGACCGAGUCGCGACAGCCCCAGGAAUCACGGGUGCAGCUGGGAAGUCUGGAGAAGUCGGGAAGCACCUUCUCCCGGGAGCUGGUGCUGGUCACAGGUCCGUCGGACAACCAGGCCAAGUUCUCGUGCAAGGCUGGCCAGCUCAGCGCGUCCACGAAGCUCGCAGUGCAGUUUCCCCCAACCAACCUGACGAUCGUGGCCAACACGUCGGCGCUGCGCCCCGGGGACGCCCUAAACUUGACGUGCGUCAGCGUUAGCAGCAACCCUCCGGUCAACCUGUCCUGGGACAAGGAGGGGGAGAGGCUGGAAGACGUGGCCGCACCGCCUCAGAGCGCCCCGUUCAAAGGCUCGGCUGCGUCCCGGAGCGUUUUUCUUCGGGUGUCAUCCCGCGACCACAGCCACCGGGUGACCUGUCGCGCCCACAGCCCCGAGCUCCGCGAAACCGUGAGCGCCUCCUAUCGCCUCAACGUGCUAUACCCUCCAGAGUUUCUGGGGGAGCAGGUGCUCGUGGUGACAGCGGUGGAGCAGGGCGAGGCACUGCUGCCUGUGUUGGUGUCUGCUAACCCCGCCCCCGAGGCCUUCAACUGGACCUUCCGUGGCUAUCGCCUCAGUCCAGCUGGUGGCCCCCGGCAUCGCAUCCUCGGUGGGGCUCUGCAGCUGUGGAAUGUGACCCGUGCGGAUGAUGGCUUCUAUCAGCUGCAUUGCCAGAACUCGGAGGGUACUGCUGAAGCCCUUGUGCGGCUGGACGUGCAUUAUGCUCCCACCAUCCGUGCCCUCCAAGACCCCACUGAAGUGAAUGUUGGGGGUUCCGUGGACAUAGUCUGCACUGCUGAUGCCAACCCCAUCCUCCCAGAGAUGUUCAGCUGGGAGAGGCUGGGGGAAGAGGAAGAGGAGGACGAUAGCAUGGAUGACAUAGAGAAGAUGUCAAAAGGAUCCACGGGGCGUCUACGGAUUCACCAUGCCAAACUGGCCCAGGCUGGUGCCUACCAGUGCAUUGUGGACAAUGGGGUGGCACCUCCAGCCCGAGGGCUGGUCCGCCUUGUUGUCCGAUAUGCCCCCCAGGUGGAACAUCCCACCCACCUGUCUAAAGUGGCUGCCUCUGGAGACAGCACCAGUUCCGCCACUCUGCACUGCCGUGCCCGAGGUGUCCCCAACAUCGUCUUUACUUGGACCAAAAACGGGGACCCUCUGGAUCUCCAGGAUCCCAGGUACACAGAGCACACGUACCACCAGGGCGGGGUCCACAGCAGUCUCCUGACCGUUGCCAAUGUGUCUGCAGCUCAGGACUACGCACUCUUCACAUGCACUGCCACCAACCCCCUCGGCUCGGACCACACCAACAUUCAGCUCGUCAGCAUUAGCCGCCCUGACCCCCCAGUGGGAUUGAAGGUGGUCAGCAUGACCCCCCACUCGGUGGGGCUGGAGUGGAAGCCUGGCUUUGAUGGUGGCUUGCCUCAGAGGUUCAGAAUCAGGUAUGAGGCCCUGGAGACUCCAGGGUUUCUCUAUGUGGAUGUCCUGCCACCCCAGGCCACCACCUUCACGCUGACUGGGCUGCAGCCGUCUACAAGAUACAGGGUCUGGCUGCUGGCCAGCAAUGCCCUGGGGGACAGUGGGUUAGCUGAAAAGGGGAUCCAGCUCUCUAUCACUACCCCAGGCUUGGACCAGCCUUCUGGAGAACCUGAUCUCCAGCUGCCCACAGAGGAGCCAGCAGGCAAGUCCUCACCAUCGAGGUUGCCUAUGCUGCCUGUGCUGUUUGCAGUUGGGGGUCUUCUGCUGCUUUCCAAUGCCUCCUGUGUUGGAGGGUUCUUCUGGCGGCAGAGACUGAGGCGGCUGGCAGAGGGUGUCUCAGAGAAGACAGAGACAGGGUCGGAGGAGGACCGAGUCAGGAAUGAGUAUGAGGAGAGCCAGAGGACUGGGGACCGGGACACUCAAAGCUCCACGGUUAGCAUAACACAAGGAGAGCCAUAUUACCAUCCCAUGAGGGACUUCAGCCCUCAGCUGCCCCCCAUGCUGGAGGAGGUGUCCUAUUCCCGAGCCUGCACAGAUUUUGAGGAUGAGGACAUGGCCUUUCCUGGACACCUGUAUGAUGAGGUGGAGAGAGCACAUGACCCACCUGGGACCUGGCAACCCCUCUAUGAUGAAGUACAGAUGGGCCCCUACGACCGCCACUGGCCUGAAGACAAGUACACAGAUCCACGAGGAAUCUAUGACAAGGUGGCAGGAGACUUGGACAUGGUGGAAUCUGAUCCUCUACCCUUUGAGCUGAGGGGCGAUCUGGUGUGAGAGCUUUCUCAACGUCCCUGUCCUAUGCCCCCAGGACAAUAUGUUCCCAUGGUCCUUUUCGCUCCUGCCUGGCUGAGCUUGUGAAAAGAGCCCAUAAGACAUGAGGGAUGGGCUUCUUAGAAGAGGACAUGGGAGAUGUAAGUGACAGAAUGUGGCACAAGCUGGCUCUUUCCACGGUGGGCUUCAGAAACAGAACUUCCCCAAAGGAGCAGAACAAUUACAUCAAAUAAUGAAAAGCUAUUUUAAGGGUCUUUAUGCUUUUUGAAGUAAAAUUUUAAGAAGUGGGAAAAACAUACUAAAAGUUCAGUUCAGGGCUGGAGACAUAGCUUGGUGGUAGAAUGCACGCUUAGUAUGUGUGGGGUCCUGGGUUCCAUGCCCAGAACUGCAAAACAAAAACAGAAACAAAACCCUCAGUUUAGUUUCAGUUCAAUUACAUCUGAAGUAGUGAAUAAUAAUAAGUGGAAUUUAUACACCA